GAAGAUGAUACACGAUACGCUCGCUUAAGCGGUUUGUCUGGAGUUGAGCUUAUCAACGCACAAUUACUCGUUUGGCUUAACUUUUGAUAUAACACCGACGCCUGCGAACCAAUCCAAUUGAUUCAUUUGAUAAUGUUAAGAACGCUGUCGUUUUCGUUCUUGUUGUCGUCAUCGGUUGCUGACACUUGCUGUUGGAGUGCUGUUGGAGUGCUGUGAAAGUGAAUUCCGUAUGAUGCUCGGAUUCCGAUCGCAGCGUCACCGGUUGCAAAGGUCUAUUCGCUUUAGAAUUAGUUGUGAUUUCAUAGAAUGAUUUUGCGUUGAUCAGCUACUUGCGGUCGCUAUCGGAUCACUGUUGUUGUUCUUAUUGUUUUGUAUUUUUUUUUCGCUUGGUAGACUAUUAUUGAGCUUUUGAAUUAUAAGUCGAGUUUUGAUAUAAAAUAAUCAUAAGAAUUUUUUAUUACAGUCGAGAAUUGCGUGCCGAGAGAACAACAACAGAACGGUUCAACGUAAUUGAUUUUAAUUUUAAUUUUAAUUUUGCAAAGGAAAUUUUCUGCAAUAGAUCUAAUUACUUAAACUAAAUUAAAUAUAAAAUAAAAAAAAAUCAAAACGUAGCCCAAAACACAAACACAUUAUGAUCAGCAAAGACCUGAAGCACAUAUCCAUCCUAUGCUUGUUCACCAGCGUAUUACUACUGAGUACUACGUCUAUAUCAGCCCAACGUACUUCUUUAGAUAAUGCAUUUGGACAACUUUACAGACCAUUUCGUUUGCUUGCAUUACAGAUUAUAGGACGUUCGAGUGAAGAUCCGCAAAAUAGGCAGCGCAUACGCAGUUUGGAGAAAGAACAAAAAAUAUAUAGCAAACGUACACGUUCAUUAGAUUCGUUUUGUGAUACCAAUGGGCCAGGACGCCGCAGUGAUACAGCACCGACAUCGGUGCAUCGUUUACGACCUGGCGAUAUUGAUGUUAUAGGUGCUAUGGGUGAUUCCUUGACAGCUGGUAAUGGCAUUUAUGGAACAAAUUUACUACAAGUAACAGUAGAAAAUCGUGGCAUGGUCUGGUCUAUUGGUGGUCAGGGAACUUGGCGGGAAUAUCUUACUUUGCCAAAUAUCUUAAAAGAGUUUAAUCCAAAUUUAUACGGUUACUCACUUAGAGAUGGCUUAUCAACAGACCGUAGUUCAAAAUUCAAUGUUGCCGAACUUGGUGCGAUGUCACGUGACAUACCUUAUGAAGCAAAAAUUCUAGUCAAAAGAAUGCAAAGGGAUCCAUUGGUUAAUAUGACCGAUCAUUGGAAAAUGAUUACGCUAUUGAUAGGCAAUAAUGAUUUUUGUACCGAUAUGUGUUAUUAUUCAAAUCCACAAGUUGUAAUUAAGCAACAUGAACGUAAUAUGUUAAAGGCUUAUCGCUACUUGCGUGAUACUGUGCCCAGGUUAAUACUGAAUAUUGUACCUCCACCAAAUCUGCGUUUACUAACAAAAUUAUCAGGUUUGCCACAACAUUGUCAAACUACAUUAAGAUUUGAAUGUCCUUGCUUGUUUGGGAAAAGCAAGUCUCAUUUAGACUACUACGAAAAAAUUAUGAAAGACUGGAUCGCCAAA